AUGGGCUGCUGGGCUGGCGGCGGUUCUGACCUGACUAGUCUGGUGGCUGAUGGCGGUCGGAUAAUGGUGAUUUAUGGUGGAGGGUGGUGGUGUCGGCUCAAGGAGAUCGAGGGGGGGUUGAUUCGCAGAGAGAGCCAGAGAGAGAGAGAAGAGAAGUGCAUCCCUAUGGAUGUUGUCGCAUUGGAACUAAUGAAAGCGGAGGAGCAUAGAUGGAAGAUAUCUAGCGGUAGUGGCUGGCCAACAUCCACAUGUGCGUCAUGA